GUGAUAUUCCCCGACAGUGAGGGCUUCCUUAAAAAACGUACAGCUUUGGGAGGGACAGAAGUGCUCCUGCGUGCCAAUGCAUCACAGUGUCCUUCUCGUACGAGGUCUUUAGUAAAGAAACCAGGCAAAGCCCAAAGUCGCUGGUGACAGGCUCGUCUUUCCUGGGGAGCACUGUAGAGUUCCCCCCUGAGGAAACCAAGCAGAUCACCUAGGUAGUCACCCUUAAAGGCACAUAACGAUAUAGCUGCGUAGCGAGUAUGGGGACAUGAGGAGGCACGGUAUUGCAAUUCUUUUUCUCCUGCUGGCAUACGGUGUUCACGCGAGGAGGCUCACCGGCGAACGCCUUGCUUUUCCUUCGGAUGCGGAGCAGGUCAACCACAUCUAUGCUCUGAUUGGGGGAGCGCCCCUGGCAAGCCUGGGGGAACUCCCAGCCUCCCCGCUGGAAGCCCCGCUGGAAGCCCCUGGCAGCGUGCCGCGUGUGAUGGACAGCGUCAAGAGCUUCCAGGCGCGCAGCCACGCCAGCGGCGGCUGCAGGAAGCUCAAACCUGGAAGGACCCUGAAGCAGGCUCAGGGGGUUGAUACCUUCCCACUAAGCGCGCUGAGCCCAGGUGCCUGGCCGCCAGAUGCGAGCUACUUCGAUCAGGCAAAUCCAAUGCUCAGGACUGAGGCUCUGGGUCCGGCCGUGGCCCGCGCCCAGACGAUUGACCGGCUGCGCUUGGGCGGCCCAAUCCUACAGCAGAUGGAGCGCCCAUCUCCUGAGCUGCCCACCCUGGACGAGGCUCCAGCGGGAGCACCAGAGGCGCAAAUAAGCUUGGAGUUUGCAGAUGAGGUGGACAGCGCUGGCCAGCCCUGCGAAAGGCUGCCCAUCAAUAUUUUCGCAGCGCUCGCCAGGGACGGCUAUGUCAACAAGUAAUGUUGCAAUUCUGCGGUGGCAUGCGCCUGUGCAGCGAACAGAAAUUGUUAGAGGCCAGUAUAGAGAGGCGCUGCUGUGCAAACCAGAGCUCUCAAGGGCCACCGUGGGUGCUGUCCUGACUGUGGGUAGGACAAAGGCAAAAGAAAAUUGUACAGUAGACUAGGUUUUGUUGGACGUGCCGCAAAAAAAAUUGCCGUCAGCAGAUGAUUUUGAAAAUGCAAUGCGCGUGAUUUGAAGUGAUCUGCGUCCUGAACAGAGAAUUUCUUGUUAAUUGUGUGAUACAAAAUCGGUCUCUAUCACCUGUAUGUAUAAUGUCUCAAGAGGAUUACAGGCCUGUUUUUUCCCUGCAUCUUUCCAUUUCUCUGGGAGGCCACCGGGGCACAAUUCAGUACCACACCUGCUUUGAAAGCUGCCUGUGGUAGGUGCUAAAAUUUCAACAGGCUAGGCGUGUGCUGCAUGUGGUUGCACCGGUGUGCAGCUCCAUGGACUUCAGUACAUGACUCCGCAAAUUCGGUUUAUUUGUAAUAAAUUGCACUCCCC